UCUAGGCAAGUGACGAUCGACAGGGACGCGCGUCACUGAUCCUCUUACAAGCGUGCACGGCAGAUGCGCGUUCACGUUGAUGAAGAGGAAGAAGUGCUUGAAGGAACGUCAUGUGGACGCUGACUGACGACGAGAAGCUUGGCGUGGCGAUCUUCACCUUCCGGAGUUGCGUCCCUCACACGUUAACGUUGGAGCUUGGUGAGACCGUUCACAUCGUGGAGAAAUGCGACGGGUGGUUCCGAGGAUUCUCUAGCAGGAGGUCAAAUAUCAAAGGAAUCUUCCCAUGCAGCUACAUUCAUCUGAAGAAAUGCACCGUCACCACUAAAGGGCCUGACAAAGUUGUGGUGCCCGUUGAAGACGGGGUCGUUAUUGAGGUGACGUCCACGCUUCGGGAAUGGGCGUCGCUCUGGAAACAACUCUACGUGAGACAUAAGGUGGAUCUGUUCUUCAAAGUGGCUCACGUGAUGUCAGAGCUGAUGGAACUCAGGAGGCAGCUGACGGAAGCAUCUCAGCUGACGCAGCAGCAGAAACGAGAUCUCAAAAGACACGUGACUGCCAGGCUGGACUGGGGAAAUGAACAUUUAGGUUUGGACUUGGUGCCAAGAAAAGAGUUUGAGAUGGUGGAUGAAAAUCAAAUCAGUGUCUCUGAUCUUUACAAGCUGCACCUCAGCAGCAGAAACAACGUUCAACAGAACUCCCAGAAGAACGGUGUCGGCGACCUGUGCAGACUGCCGGUAGCGCAUCACCUUCUUAUCAACUUGAAGAGUUUCACCAACAACAUCGGUGAAGACAGCGACGUCUUCAUCUGGCUCUACGACUCAAGGGAGGGGAAAAGCAUCAGCGAAAAGUUCUUGGUUAGACUUAACAAAAACGGAGGGGCAAAGAAUCCAGAGAAAUUGGACAGGCUGUGGGCUCUUUUUACGGAUUUGAGCAACAAAGAUAUGAAGAGAGAGCUACACAUCGUCGCACAGGUGAUUCGCACAGGGAGAAUGUUGCCGAACGAUCACAAAAAAGGUCCACCGCACGUUCGAUACCGACGCCCUUACGGCUGCGGUGUUCUUGCCAUGUGCGAUGUCCUGCAAACCAUUUCUGAACUAAAAGAAGAACGAGACUUUGUCCUCAAAGUCUACAUGUGUAACGAGAGCGAAUGGUACCAGAUCCAUGAGAAUAUCAUCCGGAAGUCCAGUACCAAAUACUCAGCGCCUGGAAACAACUACGGUCUCAUCAUUUCAUUGCAGCUGUUGCACGGCGAUUUGGAGGAGCUCCGUCGUGAAAACAAAUGGUUGUUAAGCGGAAGCGUGGCCGUCACACGCAAGCUUGGCUUCCCUGACGUCAUCAUGCCCGGCGACAUGCGAAACGACUUAUACUUGACACUGGAGCGAGGAGAAUUUGAAAGAGGAGGAAAAAGUGUUCCGAAGAACAUCGAAGUCGCCCUCUACGUGCUCUAUGCUGAUGGAGAAAUUGUACAGGACUGCAUCAAUCUGGGUUGCGGUGAGACCAACGUGUCAGAGCAUCGCUCAUUUGUGCUGUACCACAACAACAGCCCCCGAUGGAGUGAGGCCAUCAAACUUCCCAUUCCUAUUGACCAAUUCCGAGGCUCCCAUCUUCGCUUCGAGUUCCGACAUUGUUCCACCAAGGACAAAGGAGACAAAAAACUCUUUGGUUUUUCUUUCACGCCACUGAUGAGGGACGACGGGACCACACUGUCUGAUCAGAGCCAUGAACUGUUCGUUUACAAGUGUGACGAGAACACCACUUUCUGUAACCCCAGCCUCUAUCUGGCCUUGGCCUGCUGCAAAGACCACUUGAACCUCGGCGGUCCCAGCGUGGCCUUUCAACGCAGCACAAGGGAAACUUUCUGGAUCUGCACCCAGCUUUCAUCUACCAAGCUUACCCAGAAUGUGGACCUUCUGGCUCUGCUCAAGUGGAAAACUCAUCCCGACCGAGUCGGUGACAUCCUCAGUCGUCUUCGACACGUCAGCGGAGAGGAAAUCGUCAAGUUUCUUCAAGACAUUCUGGACACAUUGUUUAACAUCCUGGAUGACAACACGGACAAAUAUGGCCCUCUGGUCUUUCAGUCUCUGGUUUUUGUCAUCAAUCUGCUGAGGGACGGCAAAUAUUUCCACUUCCGAGCCGUCAUGGACACCUACAUCCACAAACACUUUGCUGGGGCUUUGGCCUACAAGGAGCUGAUCCGAUGUCUCAAGUGGUCUAUGGAGCGCUCGGCCGAGGCGACGCGACAAGAUCACAUCCAGGAUGUAAUGCUGGCCCUGGAGUAUUUGUUCAAGUUCAUCGUUCAGUCUCGGAGCCUUUACUCUCGCGCCACUUGCGGGAUGGAGGAGGACCAGUUUCGCCGCAGCAUCCAAGAACUUUUUCAGUCCAUCCGCUUUGUUGUCAGUCUGGACCGGCCCACCUGUGAGACCGUCAUCUUCACUCAGCCCUGUCCAGGCCCGAGUCAGACCGGGCCACCUGCCCUAGGCCUGGUUGCUUACAGUGCUCAGGUGUUGAGCUGCAACACACUGCCGCUGCCGCCUCUGUCUGUCGCUGUGUUGAACUCUUUUCCAGCCAUCUUUGAUGAGCUGCUCCACAUGUUUUCAGUCCAAGAAGUGGCAGAAUUUGUGCGCAGCACUUUGGUCAGUUUGCCAUCCAUGCCUGAAAUUCCAGGGCUUUCCAUGGGUGCUGUGAAGCUGCAGUCCAUAGCUCGUACAGUUGACAGCAGGCUCUUUUCUUUUCAAGAGUCUCGUCAGAUCCUACUUCCUGUGGUUCUUCAUCACCUUCAUCUUCAUCUGAAGCAUCAGAAAGAGCUGAUAAUGUGCUCUGGAGUUCUCACUUCUCUUUUCUCCAUCAUCAAGAGCAGCUCAUUGGAUGCAUCGGUGCAGGAGGAGGUGGACAUGAUAGUGGAGUCUCUGCUGGACGUCCUCCUGCAGACGCUGCUGUCAAUCAUGAGCAAGAGCCAAUCGCAGGAGGCGGUAAGAGGUCAUCGCUGUCUGCAGUGCACCGCCGAGAUCUCCGGAGAGUUUGUGUCCUGCCUCCUGUCCCUCCUCCGUCACAUGACUGACGUCCAUUUCCAGCACCUGAUGGAGAACUUUCAGAGCAAAGAAGUGCUCAAGGAAUUCGUGAUGAAGAUUUGGUGCGUGUUCCGAAAUCUCAUGAAGCUGAGUAUUUUCCCGCGAGACUGGAACGUGAUGAGGCUCCUGACUAGCCACAUCAUUCUGACCACCGUUAAGCAUCUGGCCCCAUUUCAGCUCAAGAACUUUGUAGGAGCCGACUUUGACUUUAAGGUUUGGAGCUCCUACUUUAGUCUCGCAGUUUUAUACAUCAACCAGCCCAGUUUACAAUUGGAGAACAUGACUCCAUCAAAAAGGAGGAAGGUCUUUAACAAGUAUGGAGACAUGAGGGUGACGAUGACGUACGAACUCUUCAGCAUGUGGCAGAACCUGAGUGAAAACAAAAUUCAUUUCAUUCCCGGGAUGAUCGGUCCAUUUUUGGGAGUCACGUUGGUCCCUGAGGUGGAGGUCCGAAAUAUCAUGAUACCCAUCUUCCACGACAUGAUGGAUUGGGAACAACGCAAAAACGGAAACUUCAAACAGGUGGAAGCUGAGCUGAUUGACAAGUUGGACAGUCUGGUUUCUGAAGGCAAAGGAGACGAGAACUACCGAGAACUCUUCACUCUGCUGACUCAACUGUUUGGGCCGUAUCCCAGUCUGUUGGAGAAGAUCGAGCAGGAAACGUGGAGAGAGACAGGCAACUCUUUUGUCACUUCAGUCACUCGACUCAUGGAACGUCUUCUGGACUACAGGGAUUGCGCGAAAGGAGAUGAGAUCAUUGAGAACAAGAAGAUGGGAUGCACGGUCAAUCUCUUGAACUUUUACAAAUCUGAGAUCAACAAGGAAGAGAUGUACAUCCGCUACAUCCACAAACUGUGCGACAUGCAUCUGCAGGCAGAAAACUACACUGAGGCGGCUUUCACGCUUUUGUUGUACUGGGAGUUGCUUCACUGGGACGAGCGGCCAAUCAAAGAUUUUCUGCAUUAUCCCGCUCAGUCCGAGUGGCACCGCAAGGAGGCGCUCUGCCGAAAGCUCAUCCACUAUUUCAACAAAGGAAAGUGUUGGGAGUUUGGGAUUCCUCUAUGCAGAGAACUGGCCUUCCAGUACGAGUCCUUGUAUGACUACCCGAGUCUCAGCUGGAUUCGGAAAUUGGAGGCAGCAUAUUUCGAUCACAUCAUGGAGCAUCAACGUCUGGAACCGGAAUUCUUCAGGGUGGGAUUCUACGGCAGGAAGUUCCCCUUCUUCCUCAGGAACAAAGAGUUUGUGUGCCGUGGUCACGACUAUGAAAGACUGGAGGCCUUUCAGCAAAGGAUGCUGGGAGAGUUCCCGCAAGCCAUCGCCAUGCAGCACCCUAACCAGCCCGAUGAAGCCAUUCGGCAGUGUGAUGCUCAGUACAUCCAAAUUUAUGCCGUUACUCCGGUUCCCGAAGCUCUCGGUAUCCUACAGUUGGACCGAGUCCCUGAGCAGAUCAAAAGUUUUUACCGCUUCAACAACGUUCGCCGUUUCCGUUACGACCGACCUUUCCAUAAAGGACCCAAAGAUCGAGAUAAUGAGUUCAAGAGUCUUUGGAUUGAGAGGACAACUCUGAUUCUUGCUCAUCCUCUGCCCGGAAUUUCACGCUGGUUUGAAGUGGAGAGAAGAGAGCUGGUGGAGUUGAGUCCGUUAGAAAAUGCCGUCAGUGUGGUGGAGAGCAAGAACCGGGAGCUGCGCACUUUGAUCACUUACUAUCAGCUUAAGCAUCCCCACAACAACAUCAACCUUCUGAGCAUGACGCUCAAUGGAGUCGUCGACGCUGCCGUCAAUGGCGGCAUCACCAGAUACCAGGAGGCUUUCUUUGACAAUGAUUACAUCAGCAACCACCAUCAGGAUAUUGACAAGAUCACACAGCUGAAACAUUUAAUGCAGGAGCAGGUUGACACACUUGAAAGUGGCCUGGCGUUGCACGACAGGCUGGUGCAUCCUGAAAUGCGUCCGCUGCACAAGAAGCUGAUGGAUCAGUUCCAUGUGAUGAAGAGCAGCCUUGGCCAUGGUCCGACUACCUCCGACCAAGCAUACCCCACUAGACAGAUUGUGAGUCCAGAAGGCUUCAAAGUGCAUCGACACAGUGACGUGGGAAAUGCUGGAAACUUGCUCAUCCUGGCGGAGAAUGAAGACUUCUUUGGCAUUCAGGCAAACCACUCCUCCUCCAACUUUAGCUCCAACCACUCAGCAUCCUCUCAUUUAAUCGCCUCUUCUCUGUGGACAAACAAAGAAAAAAGCAGAAACAACAGAGAAAUGAUGAUGCUGUUGCCACCCCUGCGAGAGCGUCCGAACAGCAUCAUGUACCAAAACCUCAGCGAGAGUGUACAGAGACCAUUUCUCCAUCACCUGAACAGUCCAGCUUGUAAACCCCGCAGCGACCCAAACCUUUCGUUCACCGAAAAAGUUGUGAGCACAUCCAGUAGUUGGAGUUUAGACAGCGGUACCAGAGAAGUCGUCACUGUUCUGCCUGCUCACAUUGCCAGCAUCAGUGCGCCUCCGGUUCCGCCCCGAAGUGCAGUACAACAUGGUCAAUCCCUUUCUUGACUAUAUGAUAGAUUCUACCACCAACUCAGGGGAGCUCCCUCGUGCUCUCCCUCUGCGCUCCUGAAGAAAGUCUCACCUGCAAUGUUCACUUGCCUUGCCCACCACCCCGGUGUCCAUCCCGGAUGGCAUUAACUCUACCGUGUCAGACUGCGACAGUACCUCAAGGGUCUUGGGUUUUAGUGAAAGUAAUUCAAGUGACAGCUCUAAGUUGUCUGGUAGCCAGGCUGAGCAGGGGGACCACUGGGGUGGAGCAGACCCCCCCCCCCCACCUCACCCCACUAACUUAAUGGCUCAUCGGCUAUGUCUAAAAUCUAUGUCUGAUCCCCACUUCUGCCCGAUUUCAAGGGUUCAACGACUACAGAGAAGGAUCACCGCCAUUAUGCCAAUAGUUCCACUGCAUCCGCACCCACUUGCCUCUCGACCCUGAAGGUCCUCCCCAACUUCCACGCAGACCUUACUUCAGAGAUUGGCGGGUGUCCCACAUGAGCUGCAUUCUGUACCCGCAUUCGUGCCAGGCAUCAAGUCACAGCCCCUCUUCGGUGCUACAGAGCAUUUGCAAGCAACAGGGGAGUGGGCACACGGCAUAAUGCAGGACUGAUAAGCGGCCAGAGUGGCAUGGGCACAUGGAAUCAUUUUCAGGAUGGACUUUACCCGCUCACAUGUGAAAAGUGACCCGACUAAAUGAAGAGCUCCUGCUCAACACAGGUCAUACUGCUCAUCACCUUGCAUAAGGAAAUAUAAAAUCAGGUAAAAAUGCCAUUCCUUUUAAGUAUAUAUACAGUGGGAAUGGGAGCGUAUUCAGACACUGUAUUUCGACAAUUGUCACCGUCAUAUUGCAGGUAUUGCAUCUAAGCGUGAUACACACAGCACCCCGUAUUGACAUAAUAAAAAUGCUUAAAAUUUGACCAGAUUUAUUUGAAACCAAAAACAGAAAUAUCAGACCCUUUGCUGUGACACUCUGGUGCUGUCCAUUUCUUCUGAUCAUCUUUGAGAUAGGCUUAGGCUACAGAGACUGAGCAGGUCCUGGACGAAGAAGAGAAUUCACGGUCCUUUGAGUACUGAAGUGUGGAAAGUGAGAUUUCUAAAUUUGUGUUGCCAAUUUAGUUCAGUUUGCCUCCCUGUAAUUUACAAUUUAAAGUGUUCAAUUAGCCUAUUUUGUGCGUUCCUACCUCCUUCCUUUUUAGCUGCCAAUUGGUUCCAUCCAUCCUCCAAAUUUAGAAAAAUUGUCAAUGAACAUCGAUUUCUCCUCCACGAGUAAGCCCCCGAGUGCAACGUUUCGGCCUCAAUGGGCCUUCUUCAGGCGCAGCUUAGUCAAAAUUCAGUUGGUCUGUCAGGUAAGGUCCUUAAUGGAUGUCAGUCAAGUCUUCUCCUCCACUUAAUGUUGCAGUGUGAAAAAACGUUUGUCUUAUCCUACGUUACACUAUGCUUUUAGUAUUUAAAGUGGGCCAAUGGUUAGGCAAUGAAGGAUGAACCCCCCCCCCCCCCAGCCUCAACCACGACAGGAAUCACGAGACUGACAGGGGAGGUGCAUGGACCCUCCUUGACAUAAUGUCCCAACCAAAGAUACCCACGCCUCGAAAAAUAGAAUAUCCCCCCGGAAGCCAAAUUAUUUACAUAUUUAUUUAUUUUUUUGUAUAUAAAAUUUGGAAUUUAGAUGUAAUCAAUUGAUCUGAUUAUGCAUGCCUACGUCCUUCCAUUUUAGUAAAUUAUUUAUUUCCAACCAACCCCCAGAUUUAGGAUAGUCAAGAAUUACAAUGAGUAAGCCAUGUAUGCCGCAACGUUUCGGCUCGAAGAGCCUUCCUCAGGCGGAGUUUACUCACAGGAGACGUCUUCAUCUGUCUGCGUCUCUUCUUCGAACGGCGAAAUCUUCUGUCAACGCUGUCAAUUUAUGGGGUUUGGAAAACAAGUUAGGGGUAGACAUUUAGGUAAAAGGUAAGGACAAUUUGAGAUUAGGGUUAGGUGUGUAGCGAUGAACCCCUCUCCACGAAUGAAGAAGGGAGGUGCACAGGCCCUCCGACCCAAAGAUUUGUUCACCCAAACUGACUUCUUCUUCCCAUCCUUUCAAAUUUAGUCAUUACCCCAUAAUUUGUUUACCCCCUUAAUUUAAGCCAAAUUCAAGUUUAGGGUUAGGUUGUGGAGGAUGAAACCCUCCUCUCCUCUGACGGUUGGCAUCAGGGAGGCCAUUAGAUCGGGGGAGGUGCACCGGCCCUCUGACCAAAGGGCCUUUUUUCCUCCCGGAUUCCCUCUCCUCUCUCCGUGACGUUCUUUGCGGACCAAUCUUCUUUCAUAUUGGUCCAUUGUUGCAGCAUCCAAAAAAUGAGUGCCAGCCCAAAAAGUUUUCAAAAAUGCAAAUUUGUAUUUUUCAACGAUCAAAAAACAUGAACAUACUGUACAUUCGGGGGAAAAAAAAUGUUUUUUCUCACUCCGUGUACGCCAAUUGUGACGUUUUGGUACUUUAUGUGUGUACUUUCUCAAGCAGAAGCACACUUAAAACAAGAAAAAAAGAGAAAAGAGAGGAGAGAAAAAGUAAAAGGCAACAAAAAAUAGUCCUUUAGAACAUGCAUAAACAAUCAGUCCUGUCCGCACUUGGCAAUGAUGUCCAUUUGACAAUAAAAAUCCAAAAAUAUUUGUCCAAGUGGGGGGAUGUGUGUGCGUCCCCUAGUCCUCCUAAAAUUGUUGUUCCAUCUAGUGCAGGGGUCACCAACCUUUUUGAAACCAAGACCUACUUCUAGGGGGCUGAUUAAUGCGAAGGGCUACCAGUUUGAAAAAAUGAAUUGCCAGAAAUAGCCCAUUUGCUCAAUUGACUUUUAACUGUGUUGUUAUUAUUAAUUAAUGAUAUUUAUCUUUCUGGAAACACUGAUCAUCUUAAUGAUUUCUCACAAAUAUAUAUAGAAACAGAAAAAUAUCAAUAUGCAACCCUUUUAUUUUUACAUGUUCCUCUAACUUCACAUUUUCAAAUGAUCACUUCUAAGACAGUCUUGUGAAAUCACAAUAUCCCAUUUGAACUAGCUAGCCACUAACUUUUUUUUUUUUUUAACAAAUCAUGAAAUAAUUCAUUCAUGUUUGUACAAAUAAUAACUCAUGUAAAAUACAAACGUCAACUCUCAAGUGUGUAAAUAAAUCAUGCCACACUAUGACCUGGACACCAAAUCUGUCACCAUGUCACCACAUCCAUCUGACAGCUCCUCCAAAAGAACUUUGAAUGUUCUGUGCUGUUUAGCUUUGGAGCGGAUGCUGUUUAUGAUCUUUAUGACGGGAGUCUUUACGUGCUCAAAGCAGAUCAAUUUUCCAUAUACGGCCUGCGAGUGUAUGAUGCAGUGGUACUGCAGAAAAUUUGGGAACUCUGGGUCAGCUUUACAGUGAGGAACGAAUCCUGUGUGUCGGACGAUCGUAGCAGGAGCCCCGUCCGUAGUCACUGAUACCAGUUUUUCCAGCGGCACAUUUUUUUUUCCACCAAAAAGUCCUUCACUGCGUUACAAAUGUCAACUCCCCUCGUAGUUGUCUUCAGGGGCAGUUUUGUCAGAAGUUCUUCUUUUGUGGAGAAAUCAUCAAAACACAAUCCGGAUAAAGACCAUCAGCUGCGCCGCACUGCUGCUCGUCACACUGGAUGUUGAACCAACGGCACCUCGCCAGAUCACGGUUCAGCUGCUCGGUCAAGUUCCCUGACAUCGCCGACACUCUUCUUACCAUUGUAGUUGCCCCGAGUUGAACAUCGGCGAGACUGGAGAGUACAUCGGUUCCAUACUUCUCGUCUUCAAGCACAGUUUUAGCAACUAUCAUCGUUGCUUUUUUUGACAACCUCCCCGUCUGUAAAUUCCUUCUUUUUCUUCAAGAAUUGCGAAGCUCCGAACGAGGCUUCGGUUGCUUUUUUUUAAAGCGGUCUAGUGAAAAAAGACAAGACAGUUGUUUGCAAAAAGCUGCCUUUAACUCGUGGACUUUUUCUGCGCGCAGUGCGCUGCCUGGUGGGUAGUUAGCACGGUAGCUUGUGUGACCCGUAGUGAAAUAUCUCUCCACAUUGUGCUGCUUUCCUCUUGCCACAGUUGCCCUGCAAAUGAAGGACAUGCAGGAUCCUUUCACAGUGGUCAAAAAAAACAAAAACAAAAAACAACUCCCAUUUGUCGUGAAAAUGUUUUUUCUUUUUUGUGACAUUUUUUGGGGUAACUUUUCUCAUAUUUGCAGCGUUUGCUAACGUUAGCUUGUUUGUAGCAGCGCAACAAAUGCUACAUUUUGGUCAUGCACACAAUACUGAACUUUCUCAGAGUUAAUUUAUAUUAAACACAACCCAUCUAUCUAUCUAUCUAAUUUCAAAUUUUAUUGGAGUUUUGUCUCUCAUAAACCCUAACCCUAUAAAUCAAAUAAAAAAAAAUAGAGACAGCUCACUGCUAAGUGCUGCUAUUUGAGAGGCCAGCGGGCGACUCAUCUGGUCCUUAUGGGUGACCUGGUGCCCGUCGGCACCGCGUUGGUGACCGCUGAUCUAGUGGAUGUGUUUUCUCCCUUCUUUUUCCCGCUCUCAAGUUGACAUCAGAAUUAAAGGCAGUUGCCCUGAAAGGGGAAGUGUUGUUUGCUUGUAGACAGGUAGAUGGCACCAUCUUGUGAACACGUUAGCUAUUCUGUCCCAUAGAACAAUAUCAAACUUUUUUUUUUUUAAUACAUUUUACAAGAGUACAUCUGUUUAUAUGCGCUCGAGAUCAUUUUUUUUUCGCGGUUUUUCUUGAUUGGAGGCCUGGAAACGCACGGGAAUCACACAGUUGGACAGCUCAGCCACUCCUGAACCUCGCGCUCCCCAACCCAAACCCAAAGUGACAUCACCAAACCGGAAGUUGUUCCAAAACUCACGGGAGGCACAUACGAAACCCCAUUCCCUCACGGGCCCCGGGCACCCCGGAAGAGACGCCACGCAGAAGUAUAAUUUUUUUUUUUUUUUUUUUUUAUUAAGGUAAGUCUUUGUUUUAACAAUACGCAUUGUUUAAUUGUUUAUUGUGUCGUUGUGACAGGAAUUGACGUCACACACACACCCUACGCCGUUGGAAGCGCCGUCUGGGCACGAGAAAAAAAAAAAUGGAUAGCGUAUACACAUCGAGCGGUAUGGCCAUUGUUUGAAGCCAGUUGGCCGCCAUGUUGGUAAUCCCAAAACGUGUGGAAGACAGUUUCAAGGUUGGAUGAUGGUGGGGUCGUGUGAGCUUGACAUUUUUUCAGUUCUGGUAACAUGAAGGAUUUUUAAUUUGACUUGGUAAGCCAAAAAAGGCUAAGUGCAAAGGAAAGACGUAUAACUCGAUGACUACCAAGAAACAUUGCAUAUUACCUAGGACCCAAUUUCCGUGACAUGUUAACCCUUCCGAAAAUACGCUGUGAAGCCCUACCAUCAUAACUUAGCAAAAAAAUAAUCAUUUUUUUGUCAUAAAAAUAUUAAUUUUCAAGUCAGUUAGAUAUAUUUUUAGAAAUAAGGAUUCCUAAUGUGAAAAAAUAUGAUGAGGGCAUUGCUCAUUUGUUGUCCCGGCGACAUCCUAUUUUAGACAGAAAAUUUAAACGUGUUUCCUCGCAUUUCAAAAUCAAACUCAAUUUGCAGUUCUGUAUUAUGAAAUUCAUCAAAAAUUUCACAGAAAAUUUGUUUCCUUGCUUA